GUUUCUGCUCAAGUGUUUUGUAGGGUCAUUUUCUUUAUCGCGGUUUCCAUCCCGAGAUUGUCUUUCUUUUUCACAGAAUCCAUCUCAAUCUACGUUUACUCUCCAUUGUGUUUUUUCUUUUACAUCAAGAUUCUGGUAGCAUAUUAAAAAAAAAAAGGCGUAAUUCUUCGUCCUUCACAGAUCCUACGCUAAUACCGUCAGCACUCAGCAGUGCAUAAUAGUUUGCUUGUUGGUUAUGGAUUGUUCUUUAACUUUUUGGAAAUUUAUAUGGAUUUAUUUUUACUUGAACUUUCAGUCUACAAAUUUUAAAUGACACCGUCAUAGUGGCAUUGCUCUGCUGCCCUAUCAUUUUUCGUCUGAUUGUAAAUUUUAGUGCUUUGUGCUUUCAAGGGAGAUGAAGUUUAUUAAUUUCUAUGCAGAUUAUGGUCAUAUAAUUAAAGAAGUCAAAGACCAAACACCCUUUUGAGCUGCAUCAUUGAGUUGGUUAGGGACGUGUGUGUGUGUGUGUGUGAGCCAGCGACCGUAUUCCCUAUUCUUCAGUUUGCUCCAGUAUGCUUCCCUUUGCAAUGUUUGUUUAUUUUGUCUCAAACUUGAUGGUAUAAACGUGUUUUACGCCUGUAAAAUUCUGUGAGAACAUGAAGAUGAACAUAAAAUAAGUUUUGACCUUCUUGAUAGUCAAAGCAGUUGAUGUUGACUUAAGAGACUGAAGGAAAAAUAUUAUAAAUCCUGGAAAUAAUCGUUCUUUUUAUGGAAUAUGUUACAGAAACUAAACAACAAUCACCAUCAUGAAGAAAGGAUGGGUUCAACCAGUGUCAGUCAAGGGGAAUCAUCUUGACGACCACAAGAGUUCAGUGAACCAUUUUACUAACGCUAAAGCUGCAGAUUCAGAAAGUCAACCCAUCUGCAUUUACUGCAUGGGAAAAAAUAGUUGCCGUAUUGUGCGCUCAAGAACAAAAUUAAUGAAUAUGCUGAUAGAUAGAAGAAAACCACAGGAAGCCAGUUCCAUUUUUCAAAAUCUGAUUAAAGAAGGGCACCAACCAUCUUUAGUAACAUACACAACCCUGUUAAAUGCCUUGACCAUCCAAAAAUGCUUCAAGUCCAUACAUUCCAUUGUCUCACAGGUGGAAGAAAAAGGGAUGAAGCCUGACUCUGUAUUUUUUAAUGCUCUCACAAAUGCAUUUGCAGAAUCUGGGAACAUGGAGGAAGCCAUGGAAACAUUUCAGAAGAUGAAAGACAGUGGAAUAAUACCUACCAUUAGCACUUACAACACAUUGAUCAAAGGGUAUGGAAUUGCUGGCAAGCCUGAAGAAUCAAUGAAGCUACUGGACGUGAUCACAAGAGAGGGAAAUGUGAAACCCAAUCUCAAGACAUAUAAUGUGCUCGUUAGAGCAUGGUGUAAAAAGAACAUGUCUGAGGCAUGGAAUGUGGUGUAUAAAAUGGCAGCAUCAGGAAUGCAGCCAGAUACUGUUACUUUCAACACAAUGGCUACGGCUUAUGCUCAGAACGGACAGACAGCUAAGGCCGAAGCAAUGAUUUUAGAGAUGCAGAAUUAUGGUGUGAGGCCUAAUGAAAGAACUUACAGCAUCAUUAUCAGCGGAUACUGCAGGGAAGGUAAAAUAAAGGAAGCUCUGAGGUUUGUGUACAGGAUGAAGGAGCUGGGGCUGCAAGCAAACCUCGUUUUGUUCAAUUCCCUAAUAAAUAGUUUUGUGGACAUGAUGGAUAGAGAUGGUGUCGAUGAGGUUUUACAGUUGAUGGAAGAAUUUCAGAUCAAACCAGAUGUGGUCACAUAUAGUACUAUAAUGAAUGCUUGGAGCCAAGCUGGAUUCUUGGAGAAAUGUAAAGAAGUCUUCAAUGACAUGCUGAAAUCUGGUGUAGAACCAGAUGCACAUGCUUACAGUAUUCUUGCUAAAGCCUACGUGCGUGCCCAAGAACCAGAAAAGGCAGAAGAAUUGCUAACUGCCAUGAUAGAAUCAGGUGUAUCCCCUAAUGUUGUCAUAUUUACAACUGUCAUAAGUGGAUGGUGCAGUGCUGGCAGGAUGGACUAUGCUAUCAGGAUUUUCGACAAGAUGUGUGGAUAUGGGAUUUCUCCAAAUUUGAAGACUUUUGAGACCCUCAUUUCAGGAUAUGCUGAAGCAAAACAGCCGUGGAAAGCAGAAGGAAUUCUCCAAAUAAUGAAAGAGUUUCAUGUCCUUCCUAAGAAAUAUACAAUCACACUUGUUGCAGAAGCUUGGUGUUAUGCUGGAUUAACAGAAGAGGCAAAUAGGUUACUACGUACUGAAAAAAACAAGCCAAUGACGCAUUCAGUGGAGCAAGAUGAAGAAAUACCAGCUGAAACCUCUGAGAGAGUUUAUCAAAAGCGCUAUACCAGUGCCCUUUCCUCUGGUUUCUUACAGAUACCAACUGUAGGUACCAGUGAUCAAAGAUGCUCAGCUUCAGCAGCCAGGAGAAGCCGAUUGCUCUUGAGAGAUGUUGAUCUGGAAAGCUCGUUGCUCCCAUCAAAAUUCAAGCGUCUUUCUCAAACUUGUAGAGCCAGUGAAGGAUUUUCGAUUAUGUGCCAGAGACAGUUUCAGGGGCAGCACGGCACAUACCAACUUGCAAAUUCAUGCACAGCAGUUUUCUUGAACUGAAAAAAGAAUAGCUGAUGCAACGACAUUGUAAAUUCGACGGAACAAAAUCAGUCAUUCGAGGUAAAUAGUCAGAACAUCUUCACGCUGCUCACAUUUUCUUGUAGCCAAAACAUGCUUCUCAUCUUGCGUGACUCCUGUACCCCGAGUGUUGGAGUGGGUUGGAGGUGGAAGAAGGCAUCACUUUUCUGUAAAAGAACAAUAUUUUUGUUGUUGAUGUGUACAUUCGCUUGUAUCCAUAAGUCAUAAAAUCAUUAUCAAUGGGGAUUACUUGAGCUCAGGCUGCACAAA